AUGGCAGCAGGUUAUGGUUUUGUGUGCAUAGAUGAUCAUGGAGAUUUCAUAUAUGCAGAGGCAAAAGGACUGGGGAUUGCAACAAAUUACAUUGCUGAAAAAAUGGUCAUAGCUGGAGCAGCUGAAUGGGCUUUGCAGAACAAUAAACUUGAUUUGCGCAUCAAAUCUGAUUCUAAAGCUGAUGUGAGUGCUUGUAAAUCUGAGAAGCUACCUUGGUUUGUUCAGGUGAGAUGGAGUAGAAUAAAGGAAUUGAUAAGGAGCAUAGUAAUUGUACAUAGUUUGAGGGAAGUGAACUUCUCUGCAGAUUCAAUGGCAAACAAAGGUGCAGGCUUGGAAAGAGGAGCAACAAUGAGCUAUACUACAAAACCAGCUUUCAUCCAUGCUCUAGAAUCACCUGAAGAUGUUUACUAUAGAUUUUGUUGA